AUGAAUGGAAUUUGCAUCUCUGGCAAUCGCGACGAAGUGGUGACCACUCGCUUGGCGUAUCCUAUAGUGGAGGUCUACGGAGGAGAUGAGAGUGUUGUAGUGUUGGUGUUGUUGCUCCUUCUGAUGGACCAAGUUCGAAUAUGCGAUGUUGACACUGUACGAAGGGCAGCAAUGAUUGGUAACGAGGAGUUUGAGGCGAUGGACUCACUGGUUACAAUAGUGCCGUCGGCUUCCUUUACCACAUUUGGGGCUAGAUGGGAGCUCUUCUCAGGAGUAGUGGGGCCGUUCAGUCCAUACAUGCCUGCUGAUGUACCCCUGUGGUUGGCUUUGUAUCUAGAGAAGAUCAACCGGUGUUCGAUUGAAGCACCUGAGUGGCUCAACGCGACACAUUUACGGCAACAGCUGGCGGACGAACGCAGGUUGCCAGUAGAUGAGUUUACAGAUGUACAUGAACAUUACCUCGAAUUGGCACAUAUACUACUGAAUAAACGUCCUUGGUUGAAGAGCAAUGCGAACGGAGGGGAGGUGGUCGGAGGCGGCUCGCAAGACCCCUUGGGAGGGUCGAAGGCUCAAGCGGAGGUUCGGGUUCUAUUGGAAGACAUUCUGAAUAUAAGACGCCACAAGAUACGAGAAGGUAUCAAGAUGCUCGACACCGAUGUUGCGAAUUUGGACGUGUCCAAACUAUCCCGACUAGAGCUGGCUUGUAUAAGGAGUCAAUCACUGUCAUUAAUGGACAAAGCUCAGGAGCUCCUCACAAUACGCGAGGCUGCAGCUACGGGCGGCUGAGAAUUCUCUUGUAUGAUUGUGUAUUAGAAGUGCAUCAUAAUUCGCCCUUUGUUUGAUCGUUU